AUGCAGGCCAUCAAGUGUGUGGUGGUGGGAGAUGGAGCCGUGGGCAAGACCUGCCUCCUCAUCAGCUACACCACCAAUGCCUUCCCCGGAGAGUACAUCCCCACCGUGUUUGACAACUACUCAGCCAACGUGAUGGUGGACAGCAAGCCGGUGAACCUGGGCCUGUGGGACACGGCCGGGCAGGAGGACUAUGACCGCCUCCGGCCGCUCUCCUACCCGCAGACGGAUGUCUUCCUCAUCUGCUUCUCCCUCGUCAGCCCAGCCUCCUAUGAGAACGUCCGUGCCAAGUGGUUCCCCGAGGUCCGGCACCACUGCCCCAGCACGCCCAUCAUCCUGGUGGGCACCAAGCUGGACCUGCGGGACGACAAGGACACCAUCGAGAAGCUCAAGGAGAAGAAACUGGCGCCCAUCACCUACCCGCAGGGCCUGGCGCUGGCCAAGGAGAUCGAUUCGGUGAAAUACCUGGAGUGCUCGGCCCUCACCCAGCGCGGCCUGAAAACAGUCUUUGACGAAGCCAUCCGGGCCGUCCUGUGUCCCCAGCCCACACGGCCGCAGAAGCGCCCCUGCAGCAUCCUCUAG